GCCCGCGCCCCGCCCGGUGCCGCCAUAUUGUGGCCGCCGCCACCGGAGCUGCCGCCGGAGCCGCCGAGAUGGAAAACUAUCGAAUGAAGAGUUACAAGAACAAAGCCCUAAAUCUGGAGGAAAUGAGACGGAGAAGAGAAGAGGAAGGAAUUCAACUGCGCAAACAGAAACGAGAGCAACAGGUAACUGUCAUCUUGAGUAGGUUGUGUUCAGCCUUAACACAACCAAGAUUGUGCUGCUGCCUAACUGGAAUCUUCAAGGAUCUGUGCAUUAAGCUCUUCAAAAGGAGGAAUGUGGAGCUGAUCAAUGAGGAUGACUCCAUGUGUGACAGUCACCUGGUGGAUUCCUACGUCAGUUCCACAACCUGUGGGGAGGGAUUGAUCACAGGAGAGAUGGUAGAGAUGCUUUUCUCAGAUGACCCUGACCUACAGCUGGCAACCACUCAGAAAUUCAGGAAAUUGCUUUCCAAAGAGCCCAAUCCUCCGAUAGAUGAAGUGAUAAACACUCAGGGAGUGGUGGAGAGAUUUGUUGAAUUCCUGAAAAGAAGUGAAAAUUGCACAUUACAGUUCGAAGCUGCGUGGGCACUGACGAAUAUCGCAUCAGGGACUUCCCAACAAACAAAAAUAGUCAUCGAGGCUGGGGCAGUUCCCAUUUUUAUAGAGCUGUUAAACUCUGACUUUGAGGAUGUUCAGGAGCAGGCUGUCUGGGCAUUGGGGAACAUUGCUGGAGACAGCUCUGUGUGUAGAGAUUAUGUCCUUAACUGCGCUAUCCUUCCUCCCUUAUUAAUGCUCCUUACGACGUCCACCAGGUUGACAAUGACACGAAAUGCUGUCUGGGCCUUGUCAAACCUGUGCAGAGGGAAGAGCCCUCCACCUGAAUUUGAUAAGGUGUCUCCCUGCCUGCCGGUGCUGUCCAGGUUGUUGUUCAACAGCGACUCUGACCUGCUGGCAGACGCCUGCUGGGCCCUUUCCUACCUGUCAGAUGGUCCCAACGAGAAGAUCCAGGCAGUGGUGGACUCGGGAGUGUGUCGGCGGCUGGUGGAGCUGUUGAUGCACAACGACUACAAAGUGGCCUCCCCAGCUCUGCGAGCGGUUGGCAACAUCGUGACGGGGGAUGACAUCCAGACCCAGGUGAUUCUAAACUGCUCAGCCCUGCCUUGUCUCCUUCAUUUAUUAAGCAGUCCCAAGGAAUCCAUCAGGAAAGAGGCGUGCUGGACUAUAUCCAACAUCACAGCGGGAAACAGAGCACAAAUACAGGCAGUGAUAGAUGCCAACAUCUUCCCGGUGCUGAUAGAAAUCCUGCAGAAGGCGGAAUUCCGCACGAGGAAAGAGGCAGCCUGGGCCAUCACCAACGCCACCUCAGGAGGGACUCCUGAGCAGAUCAGGUACCUGGUAAAUUUGGGUUGUAUCAAGCCCCUGUGUGACCUGCUGACUGUCAUGGACUCCAAGAUUGUUCUGGUGGCACUGAAUGGGCUGGAGAACAUCCUGAGGCUGGGAGAGCAGGAAGCCAACCAGAGUGGGACUGGGAUCAACCCCUACUGCAGCCUGAUCGAGGAGGCCUAUGGUUUGGAUAAGAUAGAAUUCCUCCAGAGCCACGAGAACCAGGAGAUCUACCAGAAAGCCUUUGACCUGAUCGAGCACUACUUCGGGGUGGAGGACGACUCCUCUGUGGCCCCCCAGGUGGACGAGAACCAGCAGCAAUACAUCUUCCAGCAAUCCGAGGCCCCCAUGGAUGGUUUCCAGCUAUAACCUGCCCUGGGGCAGAGUAAAACACGCCACAAACUUUCCUGGAGAAGCACCUGGGAAGCAGCUGCUUGGCCCUUGCUGGGAAGGCUGAACGACACCCUCGAGUUUUAGGAAACUCUUCUUCCUUCAGACAAACAAACAAACAAAAAAAAAUACAAACGGCGCUCGGUCUUCGCAGAAAAGAAGGGGAUUCUUCUUCUCCUUGUUUCUUU